AUGAUUGACAAAAUAGUCGAUGCAAUCCCUCAACUGACAGACGAUCUUCAUAAAGGUCAAAUGGGACGAAUUGCUAUUGUCGGUGGAUCAAAAGAAUAUACUGGAGCGCCUUAUUUCUCUGCUAUCAGUGCUCUUCAUUGUGGUGCUGAUUUAGUUCAUGUUGUCUGUUCUGCUGCAUCAGCCUCUGUUAUCAAAUCAUACAGUCCUGAUUUGAUUGUUCAUCCUGUUCUAGAUACAAAUUUAACUGAAGCAACAAAAUGUAUGGAUAAAGUGCAUGCGGUAACGUUUGGACCAGGUCUUGGUUUAACAGAGAACAUUGAAAAUACUAUCAAGUUAAUAGAUUACUGUAAAUCAGCUAAUAAACCUAUUGUUAUUGAUGCGGAUGCUUUAUACAUUAUAAACCAGAAUCCAUCACUUAUACAAGGUUAUAAUAAAACUAUUCUAACACCAAAUACUAUUGAAUUUUCGAGAUUAUACUAUUCUGUGUUUGCAUCCAGGCCAAAUAAUAUUAAUGACGCAACAGAAUAUCUUGCUAACAAACUUGGUGUAACUAUUGUCCAUAAGGGUUCUACAGAUGUUAUAUCUGAUGGUCAGGCAAGUAAGUUGAUUUGUUGUCAUUUUUAAGAAAUGACAAGUAACAAAUCGUAUUCUUUGUUACUGUUAAUCCCAGAUCCAUUUUAUACAUUUAUUAUAUUAUAGCUUGAUUCCACACAGUAUUUUGGUACAAGUAUGGAAUUUUCAGCAUGUGAUAUCGGUAGCCUAAAUUUGGCCGGUUGACCAUUGACAUCAGCUGUAUUAUGUACAGAACAAGGAUCACCGCGAAGAUGUGGUGGCCAAGGCGAUAUACUUUCUGGUACAAUGUCAGUAUUCAACAAUUGGUUUCAUCAGCUGAAAGAUGGAAACAAAAGUCUAGAGUUUACAGCUACUAUUGGAGUUGCCUUGGCGGCUUGUACGCUUACACGAAGGGCUUCACAGUUAGCCUUUAUGAAAUACGGUCGUUCUAUGAUAACUUCCCAGAUGUUACCAGAAAUUCAUACUGCUUUUGAACAAUUAUUUAAUAAAAAAUAAAACUAGUAGUUAUAAUAUGUUAUGUGUUUGGGUAGCAAUAUACUUUACCUCGAUUAAAAUAUUUUAUACUACUUGUUGCAAUCACAAUGACCUUAUUAUUAUGAUUAUCAUUAUGAAUGCUUUGAAUGUGUACAAUAAAAAA